AUGAAAAGCCGCCGCGAUCAGGUUCCUUACAGCCAAAAUGAGAUUGAAAGUCUCAAGGGCAUUGCUCUUCCCGCUAAGAUCAAGUGCGGUCGCUGCCACAAGAAUCUCCCCCAAGCAAAGUUCUCCUCAAAGCAGCUUACCGAUGCCCGUUGGCAGAUCAAGACCUCAAGCCAGAUCUCCAAGCCCAUCAACUGUCAGAAUUGUACAGGCCAGCAAGCGGUUGAGGUUGAAUGCACAAUGUGUGGAAAGACAAAGGGUCUCGAGGAUUUUGCAAAGUCUCAACGGCGCAACCCCGAUACGGCAAAGUGUUUCUCAUGCGUUGAGGGUCAGCUUGCCAAUGAGGCUUUUGACGAGGACAAAUACGAAGAUCCUGACAAGGCCUUUGUCACUCCAGAUCACUCCAAUGGCCAGUAUCCCGAGUAUUUCUCAGCGGCCACUUCCGAUACAUCUUCGUCCUAUGGCGAUGAUGACUGGAAGACUGUCAACGAAAACCACCAGUCCAAUCAUCCCACAGCCAAGGAUGGCGGCAUCAAAUUGUCGGCUGAUUUCCAGCGGGCCAUGUCUCUGAAUGGAACUGCAGAUGAGAACUUGAUUGCUUACGAGUACGCCUACCCCGUUGGCCGUGAAAGGACUGGCAACGACGGCUUGAGCGAAAUUCGCACUAAGUCGUGGCACACCCAGUCCAGCAAGGCUUCUACUACCAGCUCAACUUCGACUAUCAAUGCGAAUAGUCGCUCGUAUGCCUCUGCGGCAAGCUUGUCUCACUCGUUCACCUCAAGUGUGGCUGAGCGAUCCAGUACUUCCGAGCUUUAUUCUAAAGAUGACGCCAUGACCACUGCUGCACCUCGAGGUCCUCUCGUAGCAAAUAACAUUUCCGCACAAGAGAUUCGCGAUUCAUACCAGCAACGUGUUCGGCAAGCCGAGCAGGACGCUGUGCAAGCCGUCAACAAUGAGGAAGGAUCUGCAAAUGCGGGUGCUGAGGACGAAGAGCCUGAAGAAGACCUACAAGCAGAGUCAUCUGCAAUGGCAGCUGAACGUACUCGCAAACGGAAACGCGAUCAAGAUGAAGCCAUAGCGAAGAUCAAGAAGGGAAAAGCGGCCAAGAAGACGGCCAAGAAGAAGAAGAAGGGUUCAGAUGACGACUCAGAUUUUGAGGACGUUAUGGACAUGUACAAGAAGGCCAAGCCACUGCCUGGUCAGCUAGAGAAUUGCGAGAUCUGCAAUAAGCGGUUCACCGUCACACCGUACAGUAAAGCUGGUCCAGAGGGCGGUCUUCUAUGCACGCCAUGUGGCAAGGAAAUGGCCAAGGACGCUAAAGCAGAGAAGAAGGCUAACAAGCCUGUUGUGCGCAAGGGUCGAAGAAAGAUUGAGAGUAACCGCCUUGAUGGGUUGACUGUGCGCGGGCCAAAGACAUUGCAGCAACUCUGCAUUGAAAAGCUGGCAAAGCACUCGGAAGAUAUCGAAGAGCUGGGCGAGAUGCCGGAGUCGAUUAUGAAUCGCAUCAGCGAGAUCUUUUCAAAGAAGCGGGCGAUGAACCCCACGACGAUGAAGCUCUUCCUGCAACCUGACAUGGAAAACGUUGCUAUUCAUGAGGCUGCAUAUCUCGAGACAGAAGAUUACGAUCAGAUAUUUGCAGUUUGUCCGACUGUCAAGCGCCUGUCACUCCGUAACUGCUGUCAGUUGAAGGACAGCAACAUUGACUACAUGAUCGAAAAGGCCAAGGCCUUGGAAGAGAUCCAGUUACUGGGAGCCAACCUGGUUUCAAACGACAAGUGGAUUGAGUUGUUCAUUGCGCGCGGACAUGACCUGAAGGCACUCAAGGUGGAGUGGCUGGAUGCAGCCUUUGACGACCAGGUCGUGGAGGCGCUGACUACUUUCUGUCCGAAACUCGAGCGGCUGAAGUUGGAGCGAUGCAAGAAGAUUGGCCCAGAGAGCAUCACCGCAAUUGCCAGACUAAAGCACCUUAGGCACCUUACUCUCCGGUUCUACGAUACCAUUACGCGCGAGCAGCUAGUGGAUCUGAUCGACUCUGUAGGCGCCAAUCUGCAGACAUUGUGCCUAGAGCAUUUUGUCGAUAAUACAAGCGACCCGACUGAUGAAUUGCUGGAGACCAUCCAUAAGAAGUGCCAUCGUCUCAGCAAGUUCCGUUUCACAGAGAACCACGAGUGCACCGACGCUGGGUACGUGGAGCUCUUCUCCGAGUGGGAUAACCCGCCACUACGCUACAUUGAUGUCAACUCAACACGCGACAUGGACAACAGCAACCCGGAUGGACCUCUAGAGUCGCCUGUCGGGCUUGGAAGUGAAGGUUUCCGUGCACUCAUGUCACACUCUGGCCCGCGGCUUGAGUAUCUCGAUGUCUCAUCGUGCCGUCACAUUUCGCAUGCUACGUUUUCAGAAGUGUUUGAUGGGGUACAGCAGUACCCUCAUCUCCGCGAAAUCAACGUGUCGUUUUGCCCUGUAGUGGAUACAGAGGUUGUAGCGGGGAUCUUCCGGUCGUGCCCUGGACUGGCUAAGGUAGUGACAUUUGGGUGCUUCGAAGUCAAGGACGUGGUGGUGCCACGGGGCAUUGUGCUGAUCGGGGCGCCCAAGGCACAGGACCAGAUUGAACAGUUUGGCGAUGUGGUGUUUGACUUUGCAAAGGAGCUGGAACAGAGCAUGGAUCAGAUGGGUGCCAUGGGCCGGGUUGUGCCUGUCAUGGGAUAG